AUGCAGGGAUUAAACAUCCAAGGAGAUUUUGACAGCCCGUCUCUUCAGCCUUUCCUUUGUUAUGUUCCAGAUGAUCUCCAAGAAGAUUUGUUUUACCUGAAAUCCAUCAUAUUUCCUUAUCUAGAUGCACUUUGCCAGACAAGAGGCACCUGUUUCAGACCUAUGGACUUGCAGAGGAGCAAACAAGACCAGGAUGAUGCAAAUAAUCAGAAAGAUGACACUGAUAUCUUUGACCAGCAUCUGAAAAUCAGUUUGGAUCUCAUAGACCGCUCAUCACUUUUCAUUUGUCUGCUUGGACACAGCUAUGGAAAGUGUCUUCCUCCUGAUACUGAAUCAUGUUCUUUAUCUGAAGUUGUUAGAAAGCUAAAUAUUGCUGCAAGUUCUGGUUAUCCUUGGGUUUUGGAAAAUAAGUAUCGCACAUGCAGCCUGACAGAGCUGGAGAUUACCAAAGCAGCCUUCAUUGACAACCAUAGAGUCUGCUUCUUUUAUUUUAAAGACUACACACCACAGGAUACUGAAGAUGAUGAUGAUCAUUGGAGUGAAGAAAUGAGCAUCUUCUUAAACAUGCUGUCCAAGCAAAGCCAACGCGAGAGACAGAGAAUGAGAGAUCUGAAAAGAAGAAUCAUAAAUCACUGUCUUCCUGUCAGGUUUUUCAGAAACCAGUAUGAACUUGGGGAGAUGAUCAGGAUGGACUGUGAAGAGGUCAUUAUUAAAACUUCUAAGGAUUCAAAACAUUUAAUCUCAGGAUGGCAGGAUUCAUUCGAUCUGCAUUCUCAUAAGAGCUAUUCACGUGCAUUGUGCAACUGGUUUGUGCCCUCAGUUCCUGCCACAGAAAUACUGAACAUUUUUAACAAAUUUCUACAUCCUAUAACCCACAAUGCUAAAUCUGAGACACCUGCAAAAAACCCAGGAGCUCUUUUCAAUAGUGACCGGAACGACUCAGAGAAGUCUGUCUUAGUAAUAAGUGGUGAAAGGGGUUGUGGGAAGUCGACUCUGGCGGCUUGGUGUCUGCAGACCUUCUCCGAGCAGAAUCCAGAUCUUCCAGUCAUCUGUCACUUUUGUGGAACAAGCACAUCCAGCACUGACGUCAGGUCCUUGCUUAGACUGUGUACUGCUCAACUUCGAAAAGCACAUAAUGGUGAUUUUCCAGAUUGGGAUGAAAGUUUGGAGGACACUUCUGAGUUUAUGUAUCUCCAUCGGGCAGUCCAGGCAUUUACUGCAGGCCUGAAUCUCAGGCCUUGUAUUCUUCUCAUAGAUGGGAUUGACCUUCUGACAGAAACACUUGGACUUUCAAAGCAAGAGGUAAAAUCACUACAAUGGCUGCCAGCUGUUCUGCCUUCCUUCAGCAAAAUGAUUAUCACUACAACAUUCACUGACCUCACUCACAAAAGUCUCUCUUGUCGUACUGAUGUCCAGAUUCUUAAGUGUCCCCAUUUCCCAGAUCCUAGUGUUCAGCUCAGCAUUGUGCGCAAACAUCUGUCUUUACCUUCCAAGGAGCUUCCAAACAGUAUUUUGCAAAGAAUGGUGCGUAAGUGCCGCUCCCCAACCUUUUUAGCCCUCGUUGGCACGGAGUUGCGAACGUGUGGAGUGUUAAGGGAGAAAGAGGAAGAGAUGGAGCUGCUGAAGGAGUAUGCUGAGGCUGAUUCAGUUCCUGAGCUCUGGGUGAAGGUCAUUCAUCGCUGGGUGAAAGAUUACAGCAGAUCUGCUCCAUCAGAAGAUGUUACUUCUUAUAAAGUCACAGAGGCCCAUACAUCACUUGGGGAGGGUCUGUCAGGCUGGGUUUGGGACACGCUCUGCCUCAUUCAUGUGUCUCGUGCGGGGCUUACUGAAGCUCAGGUUCUGGUUUUAUUGGAAGAUCUUGGCUACUGUGAUCAUCUGAGAGUUCAGGUGUUGGAAUGGGCCAGACUGCGUUCUGCUUUUUGGCCAUGGAUUCAGGAAAAAGCCAGUGGUCUUCUGAUUAUCAAGCAUAAGUCUCUCAGCCUGACUAUGAACCUGUUGCUGCAUGGUAUGGAGGGUCAAAACACCUACCAUCAGAUCCUCACUACAUUUUUUCAGAAAUCCAGUUCAGACAUUUGUAGCUGGUCACAAAAGAUGGAAGAGAUUCCUUGGCAUUUCAUUCAAACUAAUUCAUUCAAAGAGCUGCAGGAGUUCCUCAUCAAUCCAGCUACUGUAGAGUUUUUGUCAAGCAACCUAAAGCGGUAUCCACACUUGUCAACUGAUGUUUUGCAUUACUGGACACUACUAAGAAAGAGAGGAUUCGACCCAGUGAUGUCAUUCCAGAAUCUGAUAACUCAGACUUAUGCUGACACUCCAGAUCCCAGUCAUUUAUCAAGAUUAUCAUUAUUCUGCUCAAAAGUGCUGCUCUAUAUGGGUGAGAUGAGGAAAACUGAGGAGCUGCUAUUACAAGCAGAUCAAAUUCUCCAAAAGGCUGUUAAGCUUGAUAGUGACAGUAUGAGGUUACAGCUCAACGUGCAGCAUAUGAUGGCAGAGCUUUACGUCCUAAUGCAUCUGCCGAAAGACUUAGAGAUGAUUUGCCACAAGGGACUUGAGACAGCCCGGUCUCUUACCGAAGCACAUCUCGACAGCGUAGAGGUCAAAAUCAUAGUUGGACAGCUGCUUUGUCGUCUGUGUAUGGCGUUGCUGGAGGAAGGACGACUGUUUGCAGUGCCAGAGCUUUUUAGAGAGAUCCGCUCUGCCAGAUACAUGUCUGCCCAUCCUUGUGCUGAAGGCACUGUAAUGAUACUGAAGGCCAUUCACAAGUUGAGUCUUGGUGAGCACAAGAAUGCUGAAAGGGGUUUGGAGUCUGCUCUGGAAAGCAGGAGACGCUGGUAUGGGCAUGACCAUACUCUGGUAGCAGAAGUGGAGGAGUUGCUUGCAGAUCUCUGGGCUAACAAUCAAACCAACACAGAGUGGACACGGAGGAUGAUGGUUGAAUUCUACCGCCAUGUUAUAAGCACUAAAGAGACAGAGGCUCUGACAUUGCAGCUUCCUGUUCUGCAACAUAGCCUUGCCGUCGUUCUUAUGAAGCUCGGUAAAUUGUUGUUAUGUAGCUGCAGUACAAUGGAGAAGAGAGAGGGUCUGGAACUUCUUCAGAGAGCUGCAGACAUACAGAUUUAACUCCAGGGCUCUGAACAUCUAGUGACUAAAGGCUUUGAGAAUGUUUCAAAACAUGAUGUUAUUGGACAGGACAAGUAUGUUUCAGAGGUCACCAGCUCAAGCAAUAAAUGGUCUCUAGGCAAGAAAUCAAAUAGUGGACAACAACAGGCAUCGUAUUACUACAAGCCAGAUAUUACUCCAAAACUCAAUAGGAGCUACUCUGCAGAAACAGCUUUGUCUUGUAAGCAGGAUGAAACUCCAAAAAGGCCAUGCACGACUUCACGGGUCUCUGUAUAUGGGCCACAGAGUGACAUUAAUACUCUACUCCAAAGAGGAAAGGCUGGUUGGUUAGAGCGACGUCUGUCUGAUACUAGAUCAACUGAACAGGCUUCCAAGGCAAAUGCAUUAUGCAGGAAGAAGCUCAUCUAAAGGC